CAAUACAUAGUCAGUGUGAGAGUGGUGCUCUCGCAGUGGAGAGGUACCUUUGGGAUUUUAAGAGGGAUUUGGCUGCUGCCUUACUUGCUUCUUUUAAAACACAAGAGCGAUGUGAACUGUGUCCGUUUUCGUAAAUGGUGUCGAACUUCAUCCACCCCUCUGUUUUGCACUGCAUAAUUUAUGGACUCGCAUUUCUCUCUUAAAAGCCUGGUGGUGCCUGCUGUUUUUAUACCCAAAAAUGGGGAAUGGAUUAUCGGAACAGAAUCCUAUUUUGUCAAGCCUACCAUCUUUUCAGUCUCUGCAUAUUGUUAUUCUGGGUUUGGACUGCGCAGGAAAAACUACAGUUUUGUAUCGAUUGCAGUUCAACGAGUUCGUUAACACGGUCCCGACAAAAGGAUUUAAUACAGAGAAAAUCAAAGUAACGCUGGGGGGAUCACGUACGGUAACUUUUCACUUCUGGGAUGUUGGUGGCCAAGAGAAACUGAGGCCUCUUUGGAAGUCUUAUACAAGGUGCACUGAUGGCAUUAUAUUUGUGGUAGACUCUGUGGAUGUGGAAAGGAUGGAAGAGGCAAAAACUGAACUACACAAGAUAACAAAGAUUUCGGAAAACCAAGGAGUACCUGUUUUAGUGAUAGCCAACAAGCAGGAUUUGAGGAACUCUCUUUCUCUGGCAGAGGUUGAAAAAAUGUUGGCACUACACGAACUUGGCUCUGCCACUCCUUGGCAUCUACAACCUACCUGUGCAAUCAUAGGUGAUGGACUUGGGGAAGGCUUGGAAAAAUUAUAUGAAAUGAUAAUUAAGCGACGAAAGAUGAUAAAACAGCAAAAAAGGAAAAGAUGAUUUCAGAAGGAAAAUCAAAUUGACUUAUUAUUGCAGCGUCGUGAGCUGUUUUUCUAGUGUUACUGUUUGCUACAGAAGAUCUGGGAUCUGAUCUGUUAUUGCUGGUCAGGUGACUAAAGUCCCAAUGAAUUAUUGGUAAAGAGAAGUUUUAUCAUAUGCUCUCAUAGGGUUGCAUUCGAUGCAUGAAAACAACCGUUUUGUCUCUGUUCAAAGUGGCUUGUUUCUGACCAUUCUAGGGAUUUUAAAUGCAAUUAAAAUGUGUUGGGGAUAUUAGAAGUGUGUCCCUUCUGCUGCUGGAGGUUAUCGGGAGUAAUGAUCACCCAAGUGGGUGUGUGGCAGCUGCAUUUAACUCCAGAACUGUUGAGCACUACCAUGCAAUUGUUUUGCUUUGUGUGUGUGUGUGGGUU